AUGUCGUCUUCUAUGCAUUUCUCGCACCUCCGAAAAUGGAUUGCAGCCUCUCCACCAGUCGAGUUCGUCGUGAACAGAGUGAAAGAGCUAUUAAUCGGUGCUUUAAGGCAAGGGCCGAUCCCACAGCAUAUUGCGUUUGUUAUGGACGGGAAUCGACGUUUCGCACGGAGUCAUGGAAUUGAAACCAUUGAAGGUCACCAUUUAGGGUUUGAAGCUUUGGUGAGAAUCCUAGAAGUUUGCUAUAAGAGCGGUGUGAAAGUUGUGACGAUCUACGCUUUCAGUAUCGAGAAUUUCAAUCGAUCCCAAUUUGAGGUCAACGGUCUGAUGGAUAUGGUCAAUGUCAAGCUUGCACAACUCUCUCAACACGGAGACAUUCUGGAUCGAUAUGGAGCCAGUGUACGAUUUCUCGGCCGCAAAGAUAUGCUCAGGCCGGACGUUGUUGCAGCAGUAAACCGAGCUGUCGAGGUAACAAGUCGCAACGGAGACCGUAUCCUGAACAUAUGCUGUCCUUACACAUCCAGAGACGAGAUAGCAGGUGCAAUUCGACAAACGGUGGUUGACUACAGCACGCCAUUGGGAGAAUCAAGAGGCAACAGAGCUCGUAAUCCAUUCUCAGAGUCGCACAUUGCUUCCAACAUUCGAGCACAAACUCUUAAUACGAAAAUCCAAGAUAAUAAUAAUGAUUCUGACUCGAUAUCUGCUGUUUCACAAGAUGAUGAAAAUGGUUCGGCCGGGGGUGAAACUGACGUCAAGGUUUACGAUUCACCGUCUUCAUUUUCGUCAUCUACGACUCUUCAUCUCGCUGGUCAGGCAGAGGAUAAUUCUAGAAAAGGUUCGCCGCUGGCGAAACCUGCAGACCUCGACGGAUCUGGAUUCCCGUCACCAGAGAGUAUUAAUGUACAGACACUUUCCGACCACAUGUAUACCAAAGGGAACCCUCCUGUUGAUAUCUUGAUCCGCACUUCUGGUGUGGAAAGGUUAAGCGACUUUAUGCUCUGGCAGUGCCACGAAAACACGCAGAUCUGUUUCCUUGAUGUACUAUGGCCCGAGUUCGAUUUAUGGCACUUCUUGCCUGUGCUGUGGAAGUGGCAAAGGAGAAUUACAAAGUCGUUGACUGGCGAGACUGGACUCGAGUCCGAUGACUGGAAGAGAGCCAACAACUCCAAUAUGCAUUUCCAACAGACAUCAGCGAUCGAAUCGUAUUAA